GCAGACUCGGUUUUACCGUACUGUGGCCUUAUCCGUGCUGACUCGAACCGUCGUUGUCGAAUUCAGCGAGACAUCCUGCGCUGAAAUAUCCUCAUUUGUUCAAAGUUUCCGAAGUAAAUGCAGAAUAUUUCAUGCCGUGAUGGGAUUAGGACAAUCGAAGAAAUCGAGCCGCGAGAGCCAAUCUGAUUUCAAACCGACUAGGGCCUCCAGGCAGAAUUCUGAGCACUCGAUCAAAUCGGAGCGUUUCGUCCCGCCUCCAACUUCCCCGACCCCGGCAAUCUGCACCGUCGGCCCGGUCAAUGAAAUCCCAAAUGCCGCUGAAGCACAGCCCCGUCUCAACGAGAAACCGGCCACUAUAUUCUCGACGGGACUCAAUAACAAGAUUUCAUACGCGAAUGCGAUCGAGCUAGAGAAGAGACUGAACAAACUUCAGCAUGAUGGCUCCUUGUCCGGCACAAGUGAGAAGAACGCGCACUGUCUUCGACAGGGGCAGCAAUUGCAUCAGGAGCGGUCACUGGAGCCUCUGCAACAACAGCAACAGGAAGAACAGCAGGGAUCGCAGUUGCAACAGCUUCACCAAGGACAGCACUUGCAGCAGCCCCAACAACAUCAAUCUCAAAAGAGCCCACAACAGUCUACGCAACAGCAGCAGUUGAAGCAGCUUCAUCAGCAGUCCGUAAAGAGUCAGGCUCAAACAAAGCAUCAGCCUGCACAACAGGAAGCCCAUCAGUUUCCAAAGCAGCUGCAACAAACAACUCUACCGCAGAAAGACCAGCAGCACUCUCAACAGCUUGUACCUCAGCAGUGCAAGAAGACGCUUAUCAGGCAACAGCAACACCAGCCCACGCUACAGAAACAGCAAGAGAAGGUUCAACAACUGCAACAAAUAACACCUGCUUGUGAACUGCCACAAAUUAAUACUACUCCGCAGCAUCACACGCAACCGGCGCAAGAAAUUGAGCGACAAAAGCAGCAUCGGCGACUUGCGCAGCAGGACCAGGAAGUGCAGAGGCCAUCACAGCAGCAGCCUAAGCUACGAUCGAAGCAGCAAAAAGAGGCAGCGCGUCAACCUGCACCACAACUCGAGCAGCCCGAGGAGCAGCUGCAAGUAAAACAACAAGCAAGCGCAGCAACACGAGAGGCAGGGUGAAGCGCAGCACCAGCAUUCACAGGAA